UAGGAGAGUAUGUACUCACCACUGCUUGUGUCACUGAAACUGCAAGGGACAGGGACUCAGCACGCCCCCCCCCCCCCCCCACGCCUGCACGGAGCCCUCUCCGCUCCGUCUGGAGCCGGAAGAUGGGUCCCUGGCCUCAGGGAAUCUUCAGUCUAAGGCGAGGGCUAAGCCGCGCGAGCACAAGCUCCCAGUAACACCUGGUGCUGCGGGAAUUUGAGGAAAGAGGAGGGAAGAGAAGGUUAAGAAUGAUUUACCUGCAUAAGAUACAAAGAUGACUUUCAGCAGUGGGGUUGCUGAAGGCAGAUCUGAGAAAAGGGAGGGCCCUGUGGGCGGAGGGGACUAGGGGGCCCAGGCACAGAGCUGGGAGAGCAGAGGGAUCCUCCUCCCCUAGGCUGCGGGAGUUCCUGUGGGCGCAAGGGCUCAUCUGCAACUUUCUGCCCAAGUGAUAACUCCAUCGGUGCCCGUGAGCGCAGCAGCGGGCAAGGCCCCUCUCCGCAGGCGCAGAGGCCGGGCUGGCCUGGUCGGGGCUGACCCCGCCUGCACCUCCUGGCGCCACUGGGCGGGUGCAAGAGGAGGCGGGGCACAGGCCAGGCGCUUCCGGGGAGGGGGCCGCUCCCUGGCCCACGCCUCACUUCCUCUCGGCCGGGGCGGCCAGCCCCGAGCCUGAGUCCGCAAGCUCCACGGCAACUUGGUCCCGCGCAGUCAUUUCACCAACAUCUACUGGGGGCUGGGCACCGUAAAGAGCGCAGGAGUGCCACCGCGGAACAGGACAGAUUGACCUCCCUCCUGGAGACAGACGGGUGGGUGAGCAAUCACAGCCCCGCCUGGCCAGUGCAGCUUGGAGAGGGGAAGUUCUGCAGCUGCCCUGGGGGGACCAAGGAUUCGGCAAAGAACGAGGAAGCUGUUCUUUACCAGCCCUUCACCUCCGGCCCUGUCUCAGACCAGGGCAGGCUCUGCUCCAUGGGGCAUCCUCCCAGAAAUCUAGGCCGAAAAAGCUGCUGCAGUCAGGGGCAUCCUGGUCACUGUGGUGGGAAGACAACGUGGCAGGUCCCGCAUCCAAGUUUUAACAGGAAGCCCCUGUGAAGAGCCAAUGGCCCUUCUCCGGAUCCCGAAUGCACGCCAGGGCCGGUGGAGCAGAGAGCAGGUGCCCUCCUGGUCAUGCCGAGCUCAUAUGCUGAUGGCUGUUCCGUGGGUUCAAGACUGGGUCCCCUCCCUUCUCCCAUGUCACCAAUGCCUGGUCUCUGGGGGUUAGUUUUCAGCCUAACACUAUGGCAUCGCCCACCUCCUGCCCAGCUUCUGGCUCCAGGUCCAAGAAGCCUUUGGGCAAGAUGGCUGGCUGGCUCAGGCAGGCCCUGUCCAAGAAGACCAACAAGAUGCCUGCGUCCCAGAAAAGCCCCCCAAGUGACGCUCUGCCAGGGUGCUCACGGGACAAUGCUCUGCCACCAUGCUCGCAGGAUGACCCACCACCACGGUGCCCCCAGGACCACCCCCCAUCAUCGGGCCUCAGCUCAGCCGCAUUGGCGGAGUCUCCCGCCCUGCCACCUGCACAGGAGGGUGCCACCAGCAGCAGCAGUGGUGGCCGCUGGAGCAGGGACUACGACGUGUGCGUGUGCCACAGUGAGGAGGACCUGGCGGCCGCACAGGAGUUGGUGGCCUACCUGGAGGACUGCUCCGCCAGCCUGCGCUGCUUCCUGCAGCUGCGUGAUGCAGCCCCAGGCAGCGCCAUUGUGUCUGAGCUGUGCCGGGCGCUGGACAGCAGCCACUGCCAGGUGCUGCUCAUCACUCCUGGCUUCCAGCGUGACCCGUGGUGCAGGUACCAGAUGCUGCAGGCCCUGAGCCAGGCCCCGGGGGCCGAGGGCCGCACCAUCCCCCUGCUCACAGGCCUGGCCAGGGAUGCCUACCCGCCCGAGCUGCGCUUCAUGUACUUUGUGGACGGCCGGGGCCCAGAACGAGGCUUCCGCCAAGUCAAGGAGGCCAUCCUGCGCUAUCUGCAGACGCUCAGGUGACACUUCUCAUGUCACGGCGGGACCCAGAAGGCUGGCACAAAGCUGGAAAUCAAGUUAGAGAACCCAAGGCCUUGGAUCCAGCAGGUGUGACAGGGCCUGAGGAGCUGGAGCUGGUAGCACUUUCCACGUGAUCUGGGAUCAGAUUGCCUAGCAGGCUUCCAUUAUUGCUGGGGACUCCCCAGGAAGGCCCUGAGGAAGCUGGGGAUUCCCCCAGAAAGGUCAUGAGGAAGCUGGGGACUCCCCAGGAAGGCCCUGGCACAGCCAGAAACUGGAGGUGGUAGGAGGAGGUGCUGAUAACAGGAUGACCACCAAUGUUUUACCUCCUUAUUGGAUGUGAGUCUGACGCAUCCUCAGGGCUUCUUCCCCUGGAAUCAGGCACAGGUGUAGAGAUGCAUCCCUCCUGAACAGGUGACUCACCUGAUGCAUCAGCCAGAAGCCUAGAGUGCAUGUCUCAGCAUGGACGGUUUUUCUGGUUGCCUGGGAAGAAAGCCCUGGAACAGAUGUCAAGAGAAAGUCAAAGGUAUCAAGUCUUUCACACUCAGACUGCUGCCAUUCUCCUUCCCUUCAUUCACUUCAGAAAGCUACAUGAAAAAUAACACUCAGUAUUGUACCGUAUUUAUUUUUACUGCACACAUGUUGUUAAAGACUCAACCUGGAAACCUUCCUGAACAGAGAGGAGAAGACUGGGAGUAGGUGGGGUGAGGAGAAGGAAAGCUCAGACCUUUUACCUUGGAUCAAAAGCCCACCCACCGAUGCUUUGACAUACAAGGGCCUCACAGGGGUCUGGCUGGGGCCUGUGCUUUACCGUGUCUUCUUCGCCGCUGUACCGCGAGAGCCAGCAUUCUUUUUCUGGCAAGUGACUGUGCCUUGAACGACAGGCAAGGUUUCGUUCAUCUGUUCUCGGUAAAAGUUGGUUGUUGAACCGAAACGAAGUUUUUGUUCCACCAAUGUGUACCUUUGUGCUUCUCUCACUCCCCGCUCCUUACACUGAAAAAUAUUUAUACAUAUAUAUAUUUUUGUAAUGGAGAUGCAGUGGGCAUGUGACAUGAUACUAGUUUCAGGUAUAGGAUUCGAUAUUUGUAUAUAUUGUGAAAAAAGUUGUAUUUUUAAGUAUGAAUUAUUUUAUUACAUACAAAAGGACUAAAGCAUACUACAGUGUACAUUCGUGUGCCUUCCACCCAGCUUGGGAAGCAAAACAUGACAAUCCUGGGGUGCUCCCUUUGUGCCCUUAAUUAUCUUCCUCCUCCUCUCACCAGAAAUAACCACUACUCUACAUCUCUCACCGUUGUCUAGAAAUUUAUUACACACAUAUGCUUCCCGGACAACAUGCUCCUUUUAUAUGGUUUGAAUCUGUACAGAAACAGCGUUGUGAUGUGCUCUGCCGUCUCUUUGUCGCAUGGGUGAGACUGAGCCACGCUGAGGCACGUGACUGCAGCCAGUUCACUCGCAGUCCGCCGCGCGCGCGCACCACUCUCGAACUACGGGCUCUGUCGCAGAUGGACGUUUGGUGUUCCUAGUGUUCUUGCUAUUAAAAAGAAGGGGCUUUUUUGAAAAAAAAAAAAAGUGAACAUUUUUGUACAUGUCUCCAUGAGCAUGAUUUUCGAGGAUUUAGCCUGGAUGGGGAACAGUUGGGUAGUAAAGAAAACACAUGUUUAGUUUUGGUAAAAGAUACCAGAUUUUCUUCUAAAUUAGUCAUGGUAAUUUAUGUUCCUACCAUUUGUGUAUGAGUUCCCAUGGUUUGAUGUUCUUGCUAACACUUUAGAAUUAUCAGAUUUUAAAAUGUUUGACAAUCUGGUGGGUGAAAACUGGUAUCCUAUUAUCAUAAUGUUCGUAUUUUCCUUACUUUUUUAAAAAUUAUUUAAAA